AUGGCUAACCGCAUUCGAGCCUCGUUUCGCAAGUCCGCUCGCUCGCCCAGAGCAGGCGACGGGAAGCAUCGCAAGGAUGUCCUGGACUCGCUGCAGGAGUUGCGCAACUCGAUCGAGAAGCUGGACGAUACGGUUCAGCGUUUCACAUUCUACAACCUACAAAUGGCAGCCUUGCGGGUCGGAAUCGACCUCAGUCUAUUCAGCUCCCUUGUGGAGAGCGAGAAGCCUCUCGCUGUCGGCCGCAUGCUUCGUUACCUCGCGUCAUUCGGCGCCAUCAAAGAGACCGAAAAGGACACCUUCACUUCCACCAACAUCUCCUCCACCUUUGCCCUGUUAGGCUUCCAAGCCGCCAUCUGCCACUACGCUAACACCGCCCUCCAACGGGCCUUCAACACCACCCAACCUGCCUUCUUCUGGCUACAAACCCAGCCCGAAAAGUUGGCUUUAUUCCAGGAAUACCUCACGACCAACUGUGCUGGGAUGUCCACCUUCCUCGACGCCUACCCCGUCCGCGAGCACCCCACCGCCCUGCACCCGGAGCGCGUGUUCUUCGUCGACGCCAUCGCGUUCCGGAACCGCUACCGCGAUCUCGCAGGGCGCGUCGUCGUCCAGGAUCUGGCGCCGACGCUGCAGCAUGCCAUCCAGCAUGCGGGGGUGGAGAUGAUGGAGCAGGAUUUCUUCCAGCUGCAGGGUAUUAAAGGGGCGAAAUUCUGUUACUUCCGGAACAUCUUCCACGAUUGGCCGGAUAACAAGGCGCGGAUCAUCCUCCAGAACACGAUCGAGGCGAUGGCGGAGGACUCGAUCAUCUUGGUUGACGACAUGGUGCUUCUAAAUGCCGGCGUGCAUUGGCAGGCCGCGCAGCUGGAUAUCCUCACGAUGACGAUGUUGGCGGCGCGGGAGCGAACGCAGGAGCAGUGGGAUCAGUUGCUGCAGAGUGCCGAGUUGAAGGCGACGAGUAUCCAGACUUAUACGGCAAGUUUGGAGGAUAGUGUUAUUGAGGCUGCUCCGGUUUGA